AUGGAGGCGGGCUGCUCCAAGAUGAGCGCCGGCGCGGUGCCCGUCCUCCCUGACGAUCCCCUGGUGGAGAUCCUCUCCCGCGUCCCUGCCAAGUCCGUCUGUCGCUUCAAGUGCGUCUCCAAGGCCUGGUGUGACCUCAUCACCGACCCUGACAACUGUAAGAAGCUCCGCCAACCCAUGCAAGGACUGUUCGUCUAG